AUGMCUAACGAACUUGUAUCGAUUAUGAGCAGUCAGUGGUCGGCGCAAAGGGUGUUGGGACUACUAUAUCCUCCCGUGUCUGGUACAUAUAGCUUUGAGAUAAGCUCUUUGUCCGUCUCGGAAUUUUGGCUCAGUAAAGAUGACACACCAGAAAAUGCGGUUUUCGUUGCUAAAAUCAAUAAGAAUCACUUAUUUGGAGUUAAUUUCGCCAAGGACAUCAAUUUACCAAAGUCAAAACCAUUUAAUCUAAAACAAGGCAAAGUUUACUAUUUUGAGAUUAUUCAUGCCAUGAAUGAUAUGCAACAUGACCAGGUGCAGGUGCGAUGGAUGAUGCCUGGUGCUACGUCAUACACAGGGAUCCCAAAGACCUCGAUAUCUACUGUCAUUAUGAAUGAUACGAGUCUUGACAAGGAUACAAGAGAAAUGGUAACAAGCUCACCAAGCCUUGUCAUUCAACAAAUCGCUCUCAAGAAACACACAGCGCACAAGUGGUCAAAUGUCGACUUUUCAAAGCCUUUUUCUCCCUUCUCGUCUUACACUAGAGAUAACMUUCAUAUGCUAGACUACGGUGAUAGCUCGACGAUCAUGACAGCCUUUAGUGUAUSCGAGUAUUUACCAAGUUAUACAAAUAAAAGGUCAUUUAAGCGAUAUGAAGGUGUUUAUCAUACAUAUUUUGAUGAUGURUUUCCCUACGAUCACACCGGUGGUAAGGUGUGGCAGGGCUUUCGGGAAGAACCGGACCGUAAAGGAAACAAGCUUAUAGAGGARCACGUGGUGAUUGACGUGGUUGAAAUGUUUAUGACGCAAUUAAACAACAAAUUUCCAGGCCAGUACACCCUGGCCAAUGUYGUCAACGUAGAAAGAAACGUGGACAAAGUACGUGGUAACCGUUUCUUCCUGGAAUUGGUCCUACAAGAUGUGAAAACAAACAAGCUCCAACGUAUAUCAGAAUAUGUUUUCCAGUUCAAUAACAAUUCAAACGUUUUAUGUAAACCYAAAGGACUAACUUGGUCACCAAAGACUAAGAUUUACGCGAUCAUAAAUGCCAAGAGCCAGGGACCAUGGAUAGUGCAUUAUGUUGAAAAUAUGGCCCGAGUAAUACACACAAACCAUGACGAUAAUGUGCACUUUAUARUAGUGGAUUAUGGAAACAAUGGUGUCAACAUAAAAGACGAGUUAGAAAGGAACGGAUUAAAACAUUAUACUGUUAUUACAAAGACUGGCAAGUUCCAUAAAACYCUGGCUAUCGACGAGGCUGUCAAAUCAAUUGAGGAUAACAAUAGCAUCGUGUUUCUAACYGACCUUCAUCUCGAUGCACCAAAAAACUUGUUUGAAUCUGUGAGAAAGCACACAGUCCAGGGAUUGAUGRCCUUUACCCCAAUAGUAUUUCGAUUAAAGCAAUGUUCAAGACCAGAAACCAACCAGGGYUCUACAACAGGAUUCUGGGACAGCUAUGCUUUUGGGAUUUUUAGUACAUUUAAGAGUGACUGGAAAAACUUUGGAGGCGUUAAUGUAAAAGAGUUCAGGUAUAAAUGGGGAGGAGAGGACUGGGAGAUGGUGGACCGAGUGUUAGCUAAGGGACUGGAAAUAACUCGUCUACGACAACCAUUCUUCUAUCACUUCUUUCACGAUAAGGCCGGCAUGUGGGACAAAUCAUGAGUUCCAAAUAUGGAUAAARCAUUGACRUCACACUGUCACGUGAUAUCUAAAUAUGAAUAGAACAUCGACGUCGCACUGUCAAACAUGGAUGUAAUAACCAAAUAUGGAUAAGACAUUGAUAUCAUGAUAUCAAAUAUGGAAAUAUACUUAGAUAAAUCAUAUUUUUUAGAAUAAUGUACACGUCAAAACGCCUUCAAGAAUA